GAGGCGUGCCUUAUCCAGGGUGGAACGAAUGGAAAGUUGUGUAUGAACUGAAAGUGAACAAAUAUCGGAUGCCUCAACCAGAACAUGUCAGUGAUGAACUAUAUCAGCUUAUGGCGGAUUGUUGGAACGAAGACCCUGACGCCAGACCCACGUUCGAUCAUCUUCAUGAAGUAAUGACUGGGUUUUUGCAGGAAGAGCACUAUGUGGAUAUGUCAAAGUAUGAACCAAGUCUUUAUGCAAAUGUGGAGGAAAUGGUCACUUCUUCAGGUCUUGCUUCUUUUGAUAAUUUGACAACUGUGCUGUAGAAGAUCAAGAUUAUGACCAGAACAUGGAUUAAAACUGUAUAGCUAAAAACCA